AUGGAGGAACCAGCAGGCACUCCGGCUGAAGUAGAUCAUGGGAAACGCCCACCUACAAAUGAGGUUGUCAGCCUGAAACCGUCUCCACCGACUCCCGCAGCUUCUCCAACAUCAUCAACCCAGCAGAAGCUUCAUAAUCAGCCGCCAGCUGAGCCUCUGGAGACAACGAGGUCCUCAAUUAAGUCGACUCCAAAAUGUCCAUCCUGCAACACCCUUAUAGCUCGUCCUUCGAGAUACCUUACGAAACCGAUCACUGGAAUACCCUACAUUCCACCACCAUUACCUCCAGCAUCAUCACCUCCGCCUCCCUUAGAGAUCGUUAGUUCUCCUUUAAACGACUGCGGUUGCAAACGAACAGUCUCGGUAGCUCCUCCACCUCCACCUCCGCCUCCACCGCCUCCACCACCACCACCACCUCCUCCUCCUCCUCCUCCACCACCACCACCUCCACCACCAUCUUCUUACUUUUUGAUGCCGCCGCCGCCGCCGCCGCCGCCUCCUCCACCCCCUAUAUCACAACAACCGCUUCCAUGGCAGAUGCAAACAGGAUCAUCGGAUAUGCCAUACUUCCCAAACAACCACAGCGAUCUUAUACCCCCGCGAUGCUCUGGGGAAACGGAUCCGGAUGCCGAUAGGAUUGUGAGAAUACCUAUAUUCAAGCGCAAUAUCUAUGUUCCAUCUCAUGGUGCAUCUCCGGCCGACCUGGCGGACUUUAUGUGGCUUCUUAAGUUUGGUGGGCCAGAGCAAUGGUAUGAGAGACCAGAACCAGUUAAGCUGGACCGGAUGACUGCUCUUGAUGCUGUUGGAUGCCCCCCAGAUGAGCUGAAGCCUCUCGACAACCCUCGGCCGUUGUCUCUUGAUGUUCCUCAGAUAUGGGCAUCCUCAGCCUUGAACACUCCCACCGAUGAUGAUGUCUUCGACUGCAUGGCCGGCCACUCGACGGACGGAGAUUUUGCUGGAGCUUGUCACCAGUGUACUGAUGAGAAGUGUGAGGCUCUCGAGAAGACCUCCUUAGUAUACACCCUCAUCCUCUCGACUUUCCAGGCGAAUGAGUACUAUUCUGGCAAGGACAGCCUUUCUGGGAAUGGAAAGAAUAUUUACAAGAUGAUAAGAUGCGGUCGAAGAGAAGCAGCGGCUGCUGCCGCCUUCUAUGCUGCUGGCGUCAAUGGAUGGAGCGUGGUAUUCUCCUGUGUGAUGGUUGAGGGAGAGACUGAGUUGAGAGGUAAUGGUGUUAGUGUUGAGAGGGUCAAUGACUUGUGGCGCCUUGCAGACAGGCAGCAAUCAGGGAAGAAGGUCAAGAUGAUGUUCUACUAA